GAGUGAGCGUGUUCAGCUCGGCGGGGGGACCCCGGGAGAACUCGCGGGUACAAGCGCGCGUGCUUCGUGCCACGGCAAAACGCGUGCGCCUAUAUAUAAAUAGUUGAUGGUCUGGUCGGAAAGGUUUUAGUGCUGUUGAACAUUCGAGCCCGUCUCCGGCUCCCUAAUCCGUGGAGAAUUCUAGUUUUUGUUUUCCUCCUUUUUCAUUUGGUGGUGAGCGAAGAAAGGAGCUCCUGCUCGCAGGACAGCGGAGAGUGUGUGUGGUGGAUUAGGCCAGCGUGCGCGCACGCAACAGUGAAUUCAGUGGAAUCAGUUCAGUGCUAGGAGUGGCACAGUGCAGUAGCCUUGAAAUGGCGAAUGUGAUAAAGUUGUUCGGUUUUCUGUGCUUAGUGGUGGCAAUCGCUGCGGUCGAUUUCCGUGUCAAGCGACAGGACGAUGACGGCGACGGCGAAGAAAGCAUCGAUGAUCUGUGCAAGGACCGACCGGCCGACGAGUACUUCCGUCUGAGCACCGAUGGCGAUUGCCGCGAAGUCGUGAGGUGCGAUAAUGCUGGGGAAAAUGGCAUCACAAGGCUGGCACGCGUGCGUUGCCCAACCGGGUUGUACUUUGACGUUUACCGUCAGACCUGCGAUUGGAAAACGAACGUUAAAAAUUGCGAUGAACUAGGAAAACCAAGAAAGGUUCUUCCCAUCCUGAAGACCGACGAGCCCAUCUGCCCGGAGGGUAAGCUAUCCUGCGGUAAUGGCGAUUGCGUCGACAAGGAACUCUUCUGUAACGGCAAGCCCGACUGCAAGGACGAAUCCGACGAGAACGCGUGUACUGUCGAGCUGGAUCCGAACCGUGCUCCCGAUUGUGACACCACGCAGUGUGUGCUGCCGGAUUGCUUCUGCUCGGCCGAUGGUACCCGCAUCCCCGGAAACAUCGAACCCCAGCAGGUUCCGCAGAUGAUCACCAUCACCUUCAACGGUGCCGCCAACGUCGACAACAUCGAUCUGUACGAGGACAUCUUCAACGGUCAGCGCCAGAACCCGAACGGGUGCCAGAUCCGUGGUACAUUCUUCGUGUCGCACAAGUACACCAACUACUCGGCCGUUCAGGAUCUGCACCGGAAGGGACACGAAAUCUCGGUCUUCUCGCUGACGCACAAGGACGACCCCAACUACUGGUCCCAGGGAACCUACGACGAUUGGCUGGCUGAGAUGGCCGGAGCUCGUCUGAUCAUCGAACGAUUCGCCAACAUCACCGACGGUUCGAUCAUCGGUGUACGCGCCCCGUACCUUCGCGUCGGUGGAAACAAGCAAUUCGAAAUGAUGGCUGACCAGUUCUUCGUGUACGACGCCUCGAUCACUGCCUCGCUAGGACGCGUUCCAAUCUGGCCGUACACCCUGUACUUCCGUAUGCCGCACAAGUGCAACGGUAAUGCCCACAACUGCCCAUCGCGUAGCCACCCUGUUUGGGAAAUGGUCAUGAACGAACUCGAUCGUCGUGAUGAUCCAACCUUCGACGAAUCGCUGCCAGGUUGUCACAUGGUUGACUCUUGCUCCAACAUCCAGUCCGGCGAACAGUUCGGUCGCCUUCUGCGUCACAACUUCAACCGCCACUACAAUACCAACCGUGCCCCGCUGGGUCUGAACUUCCACGCCUCGUGGCUCAAGUCCAAGAAGGAAUACCGCGAAGAACUGAUCAAGUUCAUCGAAGAAAUGCUCGUCCGCAACGAUGUCUUCUUCGUCACCAUGCUCCAGGUCAUCCAGUGGAUGCAGAACCCAACCGAGCUGAACGCUCUGCGAGACUUCCAGGAAUGGAAGGAGAAGUGCGACGUCAAGGGACAGCCCUACUGUUCCCUCCCGAACGCCUGCCCGCUGACGACCCGCGAACUACCUGGCGAAACUCUGCGUCUCUUCACCUGCAUGGAGUGCCCCAACAACUACCCAUGGAUCCUGGACCCAACUGGAGAUGGCUUCUCCACCAAGUAAGCUAGUCUCCCGAGGGAACCUACAUCCACCGAAAGUCUGAUUUAGUUGCGUUGAAGAAGAAACACUACGAACGUAAGAAAGAGUCUCCGUUGACUCCUCCUAACCCGUCCCCUUCCCCAACGGAGUAGAGACGCCUGUUGUAAAUAAUUAUAACUUCUUACAUUCUCCCCUCCCAAACACAUCCCUUCCCCAAGAAAAAAAAACAUAAAGCUCCCCUUCCCCCAAACAAUCUGAACAACCAUUUUCCUAUUCACGGAGAAUCGGGAUAUGAUAAUUAUAUCAACAAAAAAAAACUUAAAAGAUUGAACGUGAUAAUUUUAUUUAAAAACAAAAAUACUCUUUCAAAACUACCAUCAAAAAAAAAAGAGCGGAAAAUAUAAAAAACUAGGCGCGCAUAACCGAACCGAGAUGAGAAAGAAAGAUAGAGCACGAUUUUAAGAAAAUAAAGCAGAAGAACGAGAGCGCGAGAAAACCGUGUGGCCACCCGCAUAAUCGCGAUUUUACUGCGGAGCCGGCUGGUCGCACGGAUCAGGUGUUUUUUGUUUAUUGUCGUCAUUUAAGAUUACUCGUUUGCUUUUUAAAUAAUUAUAUUUUAAACUAUUUUUUCCUAACUUAAAUUGAGUAAAUGGAUCGCCGCAGCCGCAAGGUGGCGUGAGUUGAAAGUUGAAAGGAACAGUAGAAGAGAGAUGAUUGAAAUUUGAUUUUUGCGCGGUAAACAUCCUGUAGUUGUUGCUACCUUUAUUACCCUCAGUCUGGUGAGUGCUUGCGGCUGGUAGUUUAGAAUGAUAUGAAAACACACAAAAUGGCAAGAAAAUAAAUUUUACAUAAAAAUAA